AUGAGUCUUCAAGUGGAGUCUCUGGAUAUAGAGAAUAGGUCUCAGGAUAAAGGGAAUGAAUCUCGGGAUAUAGUGGAUGAGAUUCAAGAACUGGAGAGGAAACUAGCAGCCGCAAAAGCCCGAUUAGGCGAUCGAACUACAUCCUCUCCAUUAUCUGAAGAUAAAGAUCCUAUUGCUAUCAACAAUGUUCUCUCUCCCCAGUCUAACCAUUUCCUUCUCCUCCUCUCCGACUCCGCCCUCCCACUCGGUUCAUUUGCCUUCAGUAGUGGUUUAGAAUCCUACCUCGCGCACACAAAACCCAGAUCAUCAUUCCCAGAUUUUCUGGCCUUCUCACUAUCUUCCUAUGCAUCUACUACCCUCCCAUUCGUACUCGCUGCGCAUCGGAACCCUAGAGAUUUAGUUGAUUUAGAUGAUGCUCAAGACGCAUCAAUCAUGUGUACCGUAGGAAGACGUGCUUCGAUUGCGCAGGGAAGAGCUUUAUUGUCUAUCUGGGAUCGAUCAUUUUCCGCUGCUUUGUCUACAGGGUUGACUACUUCCGGUCCGGUCGAUGGAGUUGAUACAUUGAAGGAAUUCUCCAUGCUGCUAAAAUCUAUAUCUUCCGCACCCAAAACGACACCUGGAGAAAUACCGCCCGUAUCGGCUCAUCUUGCUCCUUUGUUUGGCGCCAUUACGUCGACUGUGGGAAUGAGUUUAGAACAAACAGCUUAUGUAUUUAUGUUAAGUCAUGUGAAAGCACUGCUUUCAGCUGCGGUGAGAGCCAGUAUGUUUGGGCCCUAUCAUGCCCAGAAGGUUUUGGCGAGUGAAGAGGUGCAAAUAGGAAUCAAAGAAGCUAUUGAGAGGGAGUGGAAUACCAAGAUUGAGGAUGCGGGUCAAAGUGUACCGGUUAUGGAUCUAUGGAUUGGAAGGCAUGAAAUGUUGUAUUCGAGAAUUUUCAAUAGCUGA